CCGCCCGGGCGGCCAUGGCCAUUCCCGGCAUCCCCUAUGAGCGACGGCUUCUCAUCAUGGCGGACCCUAGAGAUAAGGCGCUUCAGGACUACCGCAAAAAGCUGCUGGAGCACAAGGAGAUCGACGGCCGUCUUAAAGAGUUAAGGGAACAGUUAAAAGAACUUACCAAGCAAUAUGAAAAAUCUGAAAAUGAUCUGAAGGCCCUACAAAGUGUUGGGCAGAUUGUGGGUGAAGUACUUAAGCAACUAACUGAAGAAAAAUGUAAGUGGAUUGGACUGUUAAUUAAUAAAGAAAAAAGUGGACUCUCCUUCCUCCCACCAUGAAGUUUUGAAAUGCUUAUUAUUUUAAUGACAGUA